UUUAACCCCCUCACCUCUCCCCCUCCUUUCUUCCAGGAAGCACAUCAUCAUCUUCAUCUUCAUCUUCUCCAACAUUUCUAGAGAGAGAAACUGAGAUUCUAGAGAGAGAAACUAAGAUAUGGAAGGUGAAACAAGAUCAAGAUUCAAGAGAAUAUGCGUCUUUUGUGGUAGUAGCUCUGGAAAGAAACCAAGUUACCAAGAAGCUGCCAUUGAGCUUGGAAAAGAACUGGUGGAAAAAAGGAUUGAUUUAGUGUAUGGAGGUGGGAGCGUGGGUCUGAUGGGUCUUGUUUCUCAGGCAGUUCAUGAUGGUGGGCGCCAUGUUCUAGGAGUUAUACCAAGGACGUUAAUGCCACGAGAGAUAACUGGUGAGACAGUAGGCGAAGUGAAAGCAGUGGCUGAUAUGCAUGAAAGAAAAGCUGAAAUGGCUCGUCAAGCUGACGCCUUUAUUGCUCUUCCAGGUGGCUAUGGCACUCUUGAAGAACUCCUUGAAGUUAUCACAUGGGCUCAACUCAAAAUCCAUCACAAACCCGUUGGUUUGUUGAAUGUUGAGGGUUACUAUAACUCAUUGCUGUCGUUCAUAGAUAAGGCGGUUGAUGAAGGUUUUAUCUCACCAACAGCCCGCCGGAUUAUUGUCUCAGCCCCUACCGCCGGUCAACUCGUCAGACAGCUAGAGGAAUUUGUGCCGGAGUAUGAUGAAAUUGCAGCAAAGUUGACGUGGGAUGAGGUGGAUAGACUAAAUUAUGUGCCGGAGGCCGGAGUUCCGACGUAGGUGGUGGCGAUGGAUGGUGGAGUUUUUUUUGGGUGAAAUUAGUAGUGGGGUUUAUACAGUUUGGGGUAUAUAUGAAUGAUAUAUAUACAGACUUAUGAUAUGGUACAUCUCCAGGGGCAUUUUUGGUAUUUUGGCGGAUUUAUAUCCUUUACAAAACUCUAAAAAUAUUAAUGUAUAUGAUAUCAUGUGGAGAUGAUACUUUUGUUUUAA